AUGGCCCUCCAAGAACGCAAGCUUCCCUUUGGGAAGAUCGAACCCAACUCCUCCAAGUACUUCUUCAGUUGCAUGUUUGGCGGUAUCAUCGCUUGUGGACCAACUCACACCGCUGUGACACCACUCGAUCUCGUCAAAUGCCGCCGCCAAGUCGAUCCCAAGAUCUACACUUCAAACAUUCAGGCAUGGCGCACUAUUUUCGCGAAGGAAGGCUUGCGCGGUGUGGUUUUCGGAUGGUCGCCCACUUUCCUAGGAUACUCAUUCCAAGGUGCCGGCAAGUACGGUCUGUAUGAAUAUUUCAAGUAUCUAUAUGGCGACCAGUUAUUCCCAGAGACAAACCGUACUUUGGUCUUCUUGGGUGCCAGUGCCUCGGCCGAGUUCUUCGCCGAUAUGGCCCUCUGCCCCAUGGAAGCUAUCAAGGUCCGCAUGCAGACUACCUUGCCGCCCUAUGCAAACAACCUGCGUGAGGGUUGGAGCCGUAUUGUGGCUAAGGAGGGCUUUUCAGGUCUCUACAAGGGAUUGUAUCCUCUGUGGGCUCGUCAGAUCCCCUAUACUAUGACCAAGUUUGCGACGUUUGAGGAGACUGUUAAGAUGAUCUACAAGACUAUGGGUAAGCCUAAGGAAAGUUAUAGCCAGAUUACACAGACUGGUGUUAGUUUCCUGGGUGGAUACAUUGCGGGUAUCUUCUGUGCUAUCGUCAGCCAUCCGGCCGAUGUCAUGGUGAGCAAAUUGAAUGCUGAUCGGAAGGCUGGCGAGGGCGCAAUGACUGCUGUUUCACGAAUUUAUGGCAACAUUGGGUUCACUGGCCUUUGGAACGGCCUAGGCGUCCGUAUUGUGAUGCUUGGCACGUUGACCGGAUUCCAGUGGCUGAUUUACGACUCAUUCAAGGUGUUCUUGGGUCUGCCGACUACCGGUGGACACUAG